AUGAUCCUAAUUUCUCAACGGUUACAAAAACUAAUUCAUGUAGAACAUGCAACACAUGCUGAUAUUGUUCAUAUAAAUCGUGGUGAAGCACCAAAACGAAAAAGUAAAACAAAUGAACGGUUUGAACGACGUCUUUUAAAUCUUUUAUUGCAUCCACAUGAUGAUAUUCUUAUGCAACAAAAUAAUAUUGCACAUAAUAUUUGCUUAGAAAAUAAAUAUUUCAUUCUUUGUUGA